GAUUUUUCUCCCAAAGACCGGAGAGGGAAGGAGAACCUUUAACCAGCGCCCCUUUGUCGUUUCUAUCUAGAUAGAUGAUGCUGUUGCGGAGUACAAUUUACUUGUUAGAUUUGUCUCUGUUACAUGUAUUAUUGAUGGGAUUUUCGGCUGGUGCUUGUCCUGAUGGGGAGGUAGCCUGCCUGGAUGGAGUGGGAUGUAUUAGCAGAAUCAAGAUAUGUGAUGGCACAUCGCAGUGCAAGGACCAAUCGGACGAACUCUUCUGUCAAAGGAGGAAAGCUGAUGAUCACCUCUGUCACGAGGACCAGUUUAUGUGCCUCAGUGGAGAAGACUGCAUAUCAAGGUCACUGGUUUGUGAUGGAGCCCACGACUGCUCUGAUGCAUCUGAUGAGGACAUCUGUGAUCCCCAUGAGCAAUGUAAGAAGGAAAGUCUCUAUCUGUGUGGGAACAACCAGCAAUGUCUGAACAUCAGUCGAGUGUGUGACGGGGCACGGGACUGCAGAGACGGAACAGACGAGGGCGGAAAGUGUGAGGAGGCCAAGAGAGAGUGUGAUUCCGGGAAAUGUCACCACAUCUGUGUAGCGUCUCCCACAGGGGCCUCCUGUACAUGUCAUCCAGGAUUCCACAAACUCAAGAACCACACAUGCAUAGAUAUUGAUGAGUGUGAGUACAGGGAACCACCAUUGUGCAAUCAUGUGUGUCAGAACACCCCUGGUGGUUACACAUGCUCCUGUUACCAUGGAUACAGACUCGCAGAUGAGGGGAAGUGCAGGGUUGAAGGAUCUCCUAUCUUUCUACUGGCUCAUGGUGGUGAAAUCCUGGGGUAUGAAAUGCUUCAGAAUAGAUCAUUACCAAUCAACACAGAAGAUGCUAAAUUGUAUGUGAAAGAUCAGGAUGAAAUCAAAAGUAUGGCUUUAGGACCAGAUCAGGUGCUCUACUUCAGUGACCUGGGCCAUCAGAAGAUCUACUCCUCCCACUUAGAUGGGGACUGGAAGGCUCACAAAAAGGAAGUCAUUAACAUGGGCCUGAAGAACCCGGAGGGAAUGGACGUGGACUGGACUACUGGACAUUUAUAUGUAGUUGAUAGUGACCGGGGGGAGAUUCUGGCCUGUCUGGGGAACGGGGACUACUGUACUACCGUGGUGUCUUACCUUCAUCAUCCCAAAGCUCUAGUUAUAGACCAGAAGAACAGACAUCUCUACUGGUCUGACAUUGGAGACCCUCCUCAGAUAAAGAGGGCCAGUCUGGACAGCAGUGGGAGGGGGACCUUUCUCUCUGACCAUGUAGGGUACGCCAGUGUAAUGGUCCUGGACUACACCUCAGACCGCCUGUACUGGAUUGACAAGUUAUCCCCCAAGCUAGAGAGUGUUCAGUUAGACGGCUCCAACAGACAGAUUUUGCCUAUCCACAAUCUGAGGAAUCCAGUCAGUAUAGCUGUGUUUGAGGACAGAAUUUACUGGACUGACCUUGGCUGGAAUGGACUCUUUUCUGCUGAUAAGUUCACAGGUCAUGACAUUCAGCUAGAGAUCUCUGGUCUACUAGGAACUGUCAUUAUACUGGUGAUGCACCCAGUUCUUCAGAACUCAAAUCUAACCAGAGAUGCCUGCUCUGGGACAAGAUGCUCCCACAUGUGUUUGCCAACAAGUGAUGGACAUCGGUGCAUGUGUCCUCAGGAUAUGCAUCUGGAAAGUAACAAUAUCACCUGUCAAAUAAGCUUAGAUGUGCCCAGAAUUUACCUCGGAGCAAAGAAAGAAAUUUUUCAGUUCCCUCUGUCAUCUGUUGGUUACCAAGACAACCAAGUCAGGACUGUGAUUGGUGAAGGAGGCAUACACACUGUUCCAUCAAUGAGUAUUUGUCUGAAGUACCAAGUGCUGGUGUACAGUGACAUCACACGUGAUGUCAUAGCUAGCAUCAACAUCACCAUGGAUAGUGGAUUUUCACGUCAAAAUAUAAUUUAUUCCAAAAAUCUUGAAGCAGUUGAGAAGUUGGAAGUGGACCCAGUAACAGGAAAUGUCUUUUGGAUUGAUGUUGGGAAAAAAACAGUAGAAGUUGCAAGUCUGAGUGGAACAUAUCACACAGUACUGCUAUCAUCAGACCACAUAAUUCAGAGGCCAACAUCCAUAGCUACUGAUUCUUCACAAGGCCUGUUGUACUUGUCUUUGGUGGGUGUGUCUCCUUCUGUCCUCCAGUGCUCUUUGGAUGGCUCGCACUGUAAACCCUUGUUAGUAGAAGUUCAUCAUCCAAAUGACCUUCUCCUGUAUGAAGGUCAUCUAUAUAUAGCUGAUGACAUUGGAGGUGUGUCACGGAUAAUUUCUGUAAAGCUUACCAAUGGAGGAGCACUUCAAUGGCAGACAUAUCUUGUACAAGGAAAUGGAAAAAUAAUAAAAAGAAUGGCCAUUUAUGAUAAAAUUCUUUACUGGAUAGAAGAAAAGGCAACCAAUUUAUUUUCUCUCAAUUUACAAAAUAUUGAAGAGGAAAGAAUUGUUCUUCAUAAUACCAUCCCAUUAUCUAGCAUCAUAGUGUCAGCAGCUAGCAAAGUGGUGGAGAAUGCAUGUAGCAGUAAGAAUGGUGGAUGUUCACACUUGUGUAUUCCAGUCUCUAGUAACACCAGGGUCUGUAAAUGUAGUGAUGGAUUUUUCCUUCAGACGGACAACACCUCUUGUACUAUGUGCAAAGAACCAAGUUGUCACUGUGAGGUCAAUAGGAACUGUUCAAGCACUCCAGAGUGUGGGGGCCUGCUCUGUGAUGUAGACUUGUGUGUUCCACUAAACACUGUGUGUGAUGGAAAUAAUGACUGUGUAGACAUGUCAGAUGAAGACACCGCUCACUGUUCUCAAACGACUCCUCGAGACUGUGGACCUGGUCAUUUUUUGUGUGCCUCGGGGGAGUGUAUUUCUGGACGUCUUGUCUGUAACGGUCAUUCCGACUGUCCUGAUGGUUCAGAUGAAGGCCAGCAUUGUGGUCAAGACUUACUAAAAAGAAUAUGUCCUACAGGAUAUGAAUUUCACAAGGAUACAAAAUAUUGUCAAGAUGUAGAUGAGUGCGAGGAGAACAAUGGGGGCUGUAGUCAGCUGUGUGUUAACACUGAAGGAGGCAGAAGUUGCCACUGUUCACCAGAGUUCAUCUCAAACACCACUUCAUGUAUUCCUCCAGAUCCCAGACCGUAUUUCUUGUUCCUGGAACACACCACUCUUACAAGAUAUGACUUGGAUCAACAUGGAGAGUUUGUCACUAUAUGUGCUGCAGAGCCUUUUCUGACUUUUGAUGUCAUCAUGUCUACUGGUGACUUCUUGGGAAUAUCUUCAACAGAUUCAAAGACAUUUCUUGUAAGAACCAAUCAAAAUGAUCAGAAGAAAGAGGUACUACUGAGCAUGCUGGGAAAAGUUGCUUACGUGGCAUAUGAUUGGCUGGGAAAUAACCUCUAUAUUUCUGACAUCUCCAAACCUGCACUGAUUGUAUGUCCAGUGAAACAUCUGAAAGAGGGAUGUCGUUCAUUGCUGCAUGAAACAACAGGAAGUGUAGCUCUUCACCCAGAGAAAGGACUGAUGUUUUGGUUGAGUGCUGACUCUAUACAGAUGAGUACAAUGUCGGGGAUACUGAGGAGGAGUGUAGUGGAGUUUGACAUUGUCUCUGUCAGGAGCAGUCUGGUGCUGGAUCAGUUCUCUGACAGACUCUACUGGAUAGAUCAUGUUCAACAUGCUAUUGAGAGCUGCAGCACUGAUGGAAAUUACAGGAGGACUAUUUUGUCUCAGCUUUCGUACAAAUUCCUGUCAAUAAAUGUUUUUGGGGAUGACCUGUACUUUACCGAUGAAGCAACAAAGUCUCUAAAUAGAUAUAAUCGGGUCACAGGACAUACGACCCUGCUGACUGGUGACCUUCCCUUCUCCAGUCAACUCAAGGUCAUCCAUCCAAUUCUUCAGAAUGCAGGUUCCAGGUCAGGUGUAUGUUUGGAGAGAUUCUGUUCACACCUGUGUUUACUGACACCAGAGGGAGCUGUUUGUGCCUGUCCUGAUGGGUGGGAUCUCAUCAAUAACAGGACAUGUAGAAAUCCUCAUAUGGUACCUCUGCCUAGUACUAAAACUUCAGUAAGACAUGGAAUAUCAAAGUCAUCUCUUCUACCAAGAGUUUCCUCUACAACUCACAGAGGUUACCCAACAACUAGUACACCAAGAGUAACCACAAUAACCAUUACUUCGAAAGUAUCCCCAACACCUUUUCCACCUAUAAAGAUUGAGCCAACACCUUUUCCACGUAUACUGGAUCCAACACCUACUAGACCCAGGAUGGAACAAGCAGCCUUUACAACCAAAGUCAGCCUGACAACUCUUUCAGUUUCCCCUUGUAAUGUAGUGUGUAUGAAUGGGGGAACAUGCUCUUAUUCAGAAGACAAAAAGAUGGAUUAUUGUGUGGUUUUUCCUGUCACAAGGGGAGAUAAUCAAGAAAAGACAAAAAGGCCUUCAGAGGACUCUCCCUCGGUCAUUGUUGGAGUCAUCCUGGGUUCUGUAUUUACAGCUGUGGUGAUCAUCAGCUGCUUGUGUUACCUACAACAUAAGAGAGACAAGGUUCACAUUGCUGAGAUCAUACAUUUCCGGCCUCUGCUAAGUAAGCAUCACUCAGAGGAUGCAGAGGAGCUGUUCAGUGAGCGUCCAGUGAGGACCAAACCACAAAAUGAGGAACCAAGCCAUGAUUAUGAGGAAGUGAGUUCUGAUGUUAUGGAAGACCCUGAGGGGCUAAGAUGGCAGCAUUCUAGUGCCUCGGUAGACUCGGCAUUUGUCAGUCAUACUGAAGAAAAUGAUGAGCUGACUUCCCAGCUUAUUCCAGUGUGACCACUCAAGUGAAUCAGCUGUCACUGAGUCCAGCAGCUGGAUUUACAGACAUGUUUAUUGGUUGUUUUGGUUAUAUAUCAAGGUUUCAGAGAUUCAGUGUUUGGGAAGAAGAGCUAGCUAAUUUAAGGUUACAAUGGUGAUAAAAAUUAUAUAAAAAUUACAAUGCAUAAAAAUUUCACAAUACUUUAAGAAAAAAUCAUAAAAUUAAAUACAAAUAAUUUGAUUGCAAUUUUCAUUUAAAAAUUCAAAAAGAAUUCUUAUCAAUUAUAUAAAUUACUAUAUACUGUAAAUUUGUAAUUGCUCAUAUAACAAUGGAUUAUUUUUUUUUAAAAA